CACAGUGCCAUACCUGACUUCCCAUUCGGGUCUGUGGCUAGCAUGAUCGCAAUUCAGAAUGAACCAAAGAAAUGAAAUGAAAAAGACCACCAUAACGUCAUGCUGACCACACAUAAAAUAAGCUGCUAUUAUUACUGGACAUGAGGCACCCAGUGACACCAUAAUAACCUACCACAGUGCUUUUACAUGACACGCAUCACACAAAUCAACCUUUGCCCUUUGAAAGAGAUCCUGAGCAUUGUCCGAACAAUUCCAGUCUAUGCGCUAUGCCAUGUGGUCUCGGGGGUGGAGUCCUCCUGACCUCAAUAUUUAAGCUUGCCUUCUCUCAUUUAGGAGAUACCAAAGGGAAUAUGCACUAUUGUGAAACUAGAGAAUCACAUCAUGGCCUCCCAACCCAAGAUAGAAGACUUUCAUUACUACAGGAGAGAUUUGUUGCUCUGUGCAUCGUUUUGGAUUCUUUCUCAGACUUACUACUUGUGUCAUGACAUAGCCAUUCCUCUGCCGCAUUUAGAAAACUUCUCUCAUGGUUACCCAAUGUGUCCCGUGAGAGUAUGACAAGGUUGUCCACUUCUCAUAGAUCAUAUAAGCAUCAGGUAGGCCUUGUUUUGCACUGUGGCGAUGAGCAAAGGCUAGAGACAGUCUCUUUUUUACAUUGCAGGAAUAUCACAUGUCAAGUAUUAAACAGAUGAUAAUAAAUCCUCAACUUGCUGUUGUCUGCAUUACGGCUAACACACACAAACCAGGAGUGAUGAGGCUUUCCUUAGUGAGUCUUCUUCCAAAGGUUAUUUUUGAUGGGAACUGGAUUCUGUCGUUGUCUGGGAGAAAACAAGUGGUGGAGAAAUAUAGUUGGCCAUCCAGCAGGCCUCACCAUGGGAUGUUGGCAAGUACUUUUGGUGGCAGCUUUCAUUUGUUCUUUACUUCUUCUCAGCUGGGCUUCUAAAUCUUACCAUCUUCUGCCUCAAGUUUGGUCUGAUUUAUAUCUCCCACCAGCUUAUUAAUCCAGUAUACUUCUUUCUGGGCUGCUGAAAGUGUGUGCAUAGACUUCCAGUGAACGCAAAGUUGUUCGCAUUUACUUUGGCGACAUCACAGCCAUCCAUACAUGACAUAACUUCACCACCAGUUUGAUCACAGUAGAUCUUGGUGGAGGUGUUGAAAACAGAAGUGGUGGGGCAGGGGUCUGCAGAGGUGUCGUCAUAUACAUGCCAGUCCCCAUCAAAGGAUGGGCUGACAUCACCACCAAUAAUCGGGAUUGCUCAUCAAUGACCAAUGGGAGGGGACUCGGGCAUAAAAGGAGAGGGACAGCAGCGGCCAACAUGAAAACGAACGCUGACCAACGCAUGGAGCGUAAACUGCGGCUACAGGCCAGCCACAGCUAUCUAAAACUAUGUCAUCAGUACUUGCCAUGGACAAAACCCUUUUAAUGAUUUUGCUGUGGAACCUGUGGAGUCUGCCAAAUUUGGAGGGGCUACCAGUCAGCAAGAGGUCCAUCAGUGAAGUCCAACUCAUGCACAAUGUUGGAGAACACAAGCAAGUGCUAGAAAGGCAGGAUUGGCUGCAAGUGAAGCUGAAGUCUAUCCUGAUCCCCUCCGUCAACGACUCGCAAAAAGGACAAAAAGGGAAAACCAGGACUUUUUUCCCAGAUAUUUCAACAGCUGGGAAGAUCCGAUCAGGAUCCUGAGCUAAAACUGAGGCUUCAAGUCUUCAAGUUUGGUCUUACAAAAAAGAAAAAAGAGUGAACUUUUAAAAAGUGUCUUCACUCUAAAUGUUUAAUGUCAUCACAGAGGAACAACACAUUGCCUUGUCUCUGUGCAGACAUUAAACCAUAAGUCUUUGCUGAUAAAAGUGCACUGAUCUGCAA